AUGUCCGCUCAUACUGUCGCAGUUUUGCUUGUCAGUAACUGGGUUUCGCGUUUCGGAGUACCAGACUUCAUCACCACAGACCAGGGACGUCAAUUUGAAUCUGAGUUGUUCAAAGCAUUGUCAAUCAUCUUGGGAAUUCGACACAUUCACACAUCACCUUAUCAUCCUCAGGCGAACGGCAUGGUUGAAAGGUUUCAUCGCACUCUAAAAACUGCCCUCACCGCAAGUGGUACAGUCAACUGGAGUGAAAAAUUACCUGUUGUACUACUUGCCCUCCGUUGUACGGUCAAAGAGGACAUCAAUGCAGCUCCGGCUGAUUUGGUAUACGGUACGGCACUACGUUUACCUGGCGAACUGUUUCAUCAAGCCCCUGCAACAGCCCGCACACCGGAUUUUGCCGACAAAUUACGACAAAGUAUGUCUCAACUGCGACCAACACCGGGAACUGAUCACGCCUCUCGUCGUUCGAUAUUCAUCCCGGCUGCACUAGAGCAGGUCAGUCAUGUUUUCGUUCGUGUCGACGCGGUUACACCUCCUUUGCAACCGAAGUUCGAGGGACCGUUUGCUGUGAUUGAGCGCACACCAAAGACCUUUAAGAUUCAGCGAGACAACGGUACAACAUGGAUUUCCAUCGACAGGUUAAAACCGGCGUUUGUUCUGCGUGAUGACCCACUCAUUGACCACAGUUAUUCAGCGCGACCUAUGGAUUCCAUGUCAGCCAAAAAACGUAAACAGGUUCGUUUUUUCCUCCCUUAG